AUGUUAAUUAGGUGGUACCACGGACCAAUCACGAGACAGGAAGCAGAGUCCAGGCUGAGAAAUGAAAGGGAAGGCAGCUACCUAAUUAGGAACAGUGAGAGCAAUAGACUGGACUAUAGCCUGUCAAUCAAGAGCUCCAAUGGGUGUGUCCACCUAAAAAUAGUAACCAAUCAUGAAGGCCGAUUCAUUCUCGGCCAAUGCAGUCAGCCAUUUGCAAGUGUUCCCAAGAUGAUACAGUACUACACGUUGAACAAACUUCCAAUCAAAGGAGCCGAACAUAUGUCCUUGACAUUUCCUGUUGGAUAUUGA